AUGAAUAACUCUAUAGUGAACUUCACCACACCUGACACAUCUACAAAUACCACAAUGGAUUCAUUUGAUCUAAUCACCAGAAUGUGUGUGUCCAGCUUCAGUUUCUUGGUUGGUCUUCCUACACACUCUUAUGUUAUAUGGCUUAUUAUCAAAGGAACAGGUGGAGUUGCAUCAGAGUUCUUCAACCUCAAUUUCUCACUUUGUGAAAUUGGUAACUGUCUGAAAGGUUUAUUUGUUCUACUGUCAUUUUGGUUUUCAAGUCUCAAGACAUUGUCACAGAUUUUGCAAGGACUCUCCAUCACUGGGCGUCCUCUGUUUCAGUGUCUGAUGUGUGUUGAGCGUUACCUGGCAGUUGUUCAUCCUGUAACCUUUCUGAAGUACAAACCUCUCAGAUACAGAGUGAUCUGUUCUACUGCUGUCUGGAUAAUUACUUUUGGUUCCUGUUUAUUGUGCUUGUUAAUUUUACUGUCAUUUGCCAUAAGCAUCUAUAAUUGGUUCUUCUUGAUGCAGUUCCUACUUUUCUUCUCCAUCCAGUUGUUUUGUCUUGUGGCUGUUCUCAGAGCUCUGAAGCAGUCAGGACCAGGAGAGAGAGGCAGAGAGAGAGAGGAGGAAAACCCUAUGAAGAGAAAAGCGUUUUAUCUCAUACUAAUAACGACUGUUAGCAUGGCUAUCAUAUAUGUUCCAUAUACAGUGACAGGAUUCAUUGUGAUUUUAACAGAACGGCAUUUUCCAGUUCUUUGGUUUACUUCUGUGUUUUGUUAUGUUCUGGCUGGUUUUGUGCAGCCAGUUCUUUUUCUUGGCCAUGUUGGAAAACUGCCACUGUUCUCUAAGAAACUUGUUAAAGUUAGCAACUGUAAUGUAAAUAACAUUAAGUAACAAUUUACUCACUAUUUAUUUAUUUAGUUAGUCUGAUUCCAGAACAUGUUAGCGUGGAAUUUAUUCAUAUGCAAAUUAUGUAUUUUUCUAUCCUUGUUUAUCAGAUAUAGCUGAUAUGGUUAUUUGUUAUGUGGUUUGUUUUUUGAAUAAACUACUUCAUUAAUGACCAGCGUUACCAUUUUCCAGUUUAAGAGUUGUCUUAGAGAUUCUAUUGGACUUGUCUUUGCAUUUAUUGCAUUCAUGUUUAUACCACAAAUACAAUAUGUUGUCAUGCUUG